AUGGCUGAUAAGUGUCACUUGUGUCUGCUGGGACUGAUCUUUCUCUCUUCACUUCUCACAGGUGUCAGUGGAGUGGAUGAUGCUCAUGUGUUCAUCAGUUCUGGUGAAAAUGUCCGUCUGUCCUGUAAUAUUGCUCUUCAUGACUGUAAAUAUACUACAUGGAACUAUAACAGAUUCAGUUAUUCAACAACAGUUGAACUGAUUAAUUCAGGGAUAAAGAAGAAACACACAGAGAGACAUGAGAGACUGAGUCUGGGGUCUGACUGCUCUCUGAACAUCAAGAGAGUCACAAAAGAAGAUUAUGGACUUUACACCUGCAGACAAUAUGUGAAUGAUCAACAACAAGGUCCCGAUGCUCGUGUUUUUGUGCAUAUUCUUCAUGUCUCUUCUUUAUCCUCACAUACUGAGAUCAGUGCAGGUCUCUCUCUGACUCUCUUCUGUCAGUUGUAUUCAUAUUCAUCAUAUCCUCAAGUCUCUUGUGGUGAUUGGAUCCGUUCUGAGCGAAUUGAUCUUUUCUGGGUGAAUCAGGCUGGUGUUAAACAGAUGAGAUCAGACUCCAGAUAUCAGAUAUCAUUCUCAUCAGAUUACUGUAUCAGUUAUCUGUCUACAACAAUCCUGAAUGAAGAUCACAACAGAGAGUGGAGAUGUGCAGUUACUCAGAGAGAUCAACUCAAGACCUCAGUCACAUACACUGUCAAGAUCUCAGAUCAUCUGUGCAAGAAGAGCUGGUGA